GUCAACAGAUCCUUCCAGAUCUGAACAUGCAGUGCAAACGCCACUGGUGGAUACUGCAGCCACGAGUGCAAUUCUGACGAAGAACCUCUUUCGGGACUCUGCACGCACGAAGACUGCUUCUGCUGUGUCAAGAAGACAGAUCCUUGUCCCGAUUUGGAGCAACAGUGUCUCUCCAGACACGGAUACUGCAACCACACGUGCAUGUCUGACGAAGAACCUCUUUCGGGACUCUGCACGCACGAUGACUGCUUCUGCUGUGUCAAGAAGACAGAUCCUUGUCCCGAUUUGGAGCAACAGUGUCUCUCCAGACACGGAUACUGCAACCACAAGUGCAUGGAAGGCGAACAGGCUUUGUCGGGGCUCUGCAAGUACGACAACUGCUCCUGCUGCGUCAGGGAGACGGACUGCGUGCAGACUUCCGAAUGCCAACUGGCGGACGGCCGCUGCGACGUGUCCUGCGUGGAGGGAGAAGACAAAGUCGAUAACAUUUGCCUCGACGGCUGUACUUGCUGCACCGAGGGCAAAUGUCCCGAGACCCAAGAAUGCCGCGACAGAAAAGGAUUCUGCAGACUAGCGUGCACGACUGAAGAGACCGCACUUCCCGGGAUCUGUGGCAACGAUUUCUGUUUCUGUUGCGUUCCAGGUGUUCAAGGCACAUGAGUUUGGAUCGAGCUGUCAUAAGAGUCUAGCCUGCAAAUCUUUUUAAAUAUUAGCUUGAAGGUAAUGUGUUUGGAACAUUGGCUAUAUUGGCGUUGAUUUCAAUAAAGAUUUGCAAAUUGUCAA